GUCAUGAGAUAAAAUCUAAAAUUUUAGUUGUCGUUUGAAAAGGUGAGUUGGCAAUGAAGUAGUUUACGGUCCGGGCCAGGCCGUCCGGCGCGGAUUUUGAUCAAGUCGCGUGGAGGGAAGUGCUCCAAAAUACUUUUCCAUCGCAUAACGCUUCGGUGAAUUUCAUUUUAAAUGACAUUAAUUGAGCAGUUUACAUUUAAAUUGACAUUAAAAAUCAUCUGGUUGUAUGAAAAAUCGCGCAUACCAAUAUAACUGUUUACUUUGUGACGUCAACGUCAACACCCUUCCCUCCUUCCAUCGUAUUGUGGUUGUGAGAUGGCUCAGUAUGAAUUUACCGACGAAGAAACACAGCUUCCUCCUAUAAAGUACGAAUACUUGGACCAUACAGCAGAUGUCCAACUUCACGCAUGGGGAAGUAAUCUAGAGGAAGCAUUUGAACAAUGUGCUAUGGCAAUGUUUGCCUAUAUGACUGAUAUAGAGUGUGUGGAUUUACACGAAGCACAUCAAAUAGAAGCCCAAGGCACCGAUUUAGAAUCCUUGUUAUUUCACUUCCUUGAUGAAUUUCUUUUUUUGUUUUCAUGUGAACCAUUCCUGGUUGCAAGGAAAGUGAAAAUUACUGAAUUUGAUCAUGAAAACUUCAGAAUUGUUGCCAAGGGUUAUGGAGAGCAAUUUAGCCUUGGAAAACACCCCCAGGGUACUGAAGUUAAGGCAAUUACCUAUUCAAAUCUACAGGUACAUAACAAGGCGGAAAAGUAUGAGGUUUUUGUGAUCAUCGAUAUCUAAUUAAAAUAGCAAUUGUUUUCUAAUGAAAAACUAA